ACUGGCAAUAUCCAAAACAGGAACAAGAAUAGAAAGGAAAAUAUUCUUGGAAGAGUUGUAUUCCGGUAGGCAAUUUACUGCUCAUUUCCAGGUCAGUCAAUCCAUGCGCCGCUUAUGAAUAACCAUAUUGUCUGAACUCUUACCCCCAUCCAAUCCAAAAUGCGGACAAAGAAUAAAGGGCACGACAAUCAAGAACACCCAUGUUAUUAAUGUAUAGCUAACAAUCAGCCAAUAGUAGAUAUUUAUGCGUUCAGAGACGCCUUGAAUGAGACCCCGAAACAGAGCCAAGAACGAGACUUUUACCGCAAAGACACUAGUCCAGCUAGUGCACAAUAAUGCGUGGUAGACGGUUAUUGGAGCGAGAAAUUGAGGAAUAUCAUCGAUUGGGACAACGACCCCGGGCUCUGUGGCAAUGGCAAGACUUAACAUGAUGAUGUAUAGAUUCUUGUACAAAAAUGCUGUCGCUGCGGCGAGGCAACAUAGGCCGAACCAUAAAAAAGCAUCGUCAAGCCUCAAUGAACCAAAUGCUAGCAGUCUCUUCACGGUCCGGGAUAUCACUGCAAUUGCUGUCAUUCCAAAUAGCACACCUACUGAUAUCUGUGUUGAUAUUAACACCAUUAUGAAAGAUUGCUUUGUUUCAGUAGGGUUGGGAGAAGCUUUACCUCAAAAUCUCUCUGUGAAAUUCGACCUGCAUGUGCAAUCAAUUGAUCAUUCUCUGGAGAACCUACGCCGACAUAAAUCUUUGAAAAUAUCGGUUCCAUUCUAAACUAAAAGAAUGAAUACUUAUAAAGGCAACGCAGGAAAGAACAACAAAUGUGGAUUGUGAGAGAAGUUGCAAGAAAUGUGACAUUGGUGAGAGUACUCGUAUUUAAUUUCCUUUAGAUAUCCGUCUCCAAAGAACGGCCAUUCCACCAAAUGAAUUUAGUGACCGAAGGAAGAAAGGGCGGGGCAAAUUCGGCGGGUGGCACGGAUAAUCACUUGAUGUUAGCCAGUAUCUAGCAUCAUGAAUUUCUUCAACUUCGCUUGGAGAAACACAACGUGUAUAAUGAAACACAACUUUUCUGUAAUAUUACAUUACUUUACUCCUGAUGUAUAACAUGCAAUCCUACCACGCUGUCAGCUUAUACUAUCGUUGCUCUGCUCAAACUUUCUCCGCUGGCUUUUGUUGCACUCGAAUUAGGUCAGUCAGCAAUAUUAAAUUCUACCAGGUA